ACAAUGGUCAUCGUCAACCUGUCAAAGAUAGUUGUAAACAAAAAUCUUACAUUUUUAUUGCUUGUAUCUCUUGCGAGUUGCUUGGUUUAAAAGUAUCUUCAAAGCUUUCCUUUCAUUGUAUUUCCUUACAUGUUCAUUAAGAAACUUUUUGAAUUGAAACCAUUGCAUUAUGUUGGUGGUUCUUCGUGAAGAUCACAAAUCACACAUUCAAUUGCUGCAGCCUUUACCAGCUGAAGUUCUGGGUGAAUUCUGCCAGAUAGCCUUGAACUUCAUGCAAAAAGGGGCCUCGAUUCCAAAGAAUGUCCAGAGGACUACCUUGGAGCCUGAGCAAGUUCAGAACUGUGUCUAUGCGCUAGUUAAUUUGCUUCUUAUCUGUUGUAAACAUCAGGUAGAUGAUAGUGAGUUCAAAGAAUCAGUUUUAGCAUUGGGAUUUUCUGAAGAUCAACUGUUAGUGUUGAACAAGUUUUACAAAUCAAAGUCGGAAGAAAUUAAAGAAUUACUUCAUCAGCAUCUUCCAGAAUUACAUUACAAAGACUUGAGGUGGAGGUUUGAGGCUCAGGUAGCAUCAAGAUGCUUGUUAGAACAAGCAACACCUUUAAUAUCAAUGGAAUUGUCAUUGAAAAACGAAUCACCAAAUAAUCCAUUGGGAAGUGUAUGUGAAAAAGUGAUGUUACAAACAGACCCUAACAACCUGGUGCACCUUGCUGAUGAGCUAGAAAGGGCACUCUAUGAAGCAAAAAGUAGUCAUUCCAGAAGAAUUCCUAGGAUAUUAAGAACUUGAUAACAAUUUCUUGGAGAAUAAACAUUUUUAUAACCUCGUUCUAUUAAUAUUUUUAAAUCAUAAUAAAUGCUUAAAUAGUAAUAAAUUGAAGAGUAAGAGCUAUUCAGGAC